UGACUUUGUCCAUAGGAAAAAAGAUAAACAAAACAAAGAUUAAUUGAGCGAAAUGUAGUAUUUUAUUAUAAAUAAUUAUGUGAAGUGGUCGGUUUAAAGUGCAAACAUUUAAAAAAAAAUUAAUGUCCUACCUGAUUCUGUUGCACAAAUUGUCAUUAAUUUUAAUUUGUUUGUUUAUUUAAAUAUUUAAACCAAGUUAUAUUAUUAUUAGCUGGAAGAUUUUAAAGCCUAGUCAAUAUGUGCGAUGUAUUCAUGAAUAUUUUAGAUGAAACUUGUGCGAUACUUGAAACUUAUAAGGGACGAGAUAAGGUUAUAAGGACACUAUGUUACCUAUCAAGACUGCUUGGAGAACUCCAGAGCGAUUCAGAAUUACAAAAGAAAUUCAACAUAUUCGGCUCUUCAAUGUCUGGAACUAGGACCACGCUCAGACUGUUUGAUGAUAUUUUGGUACUAAGAAACAACCUGCAAUAUGGUUUUGGCAAAAAUGAACCCGAUAAAUAUAUGGCCAUUUUGGGAAUAACUUCAAAUUUAAUCGACCAAUGCUACUUGCCUGUGGAAAAAAUUUCCUGGCUUGCCAAACACAGAUUGUUGACUGGGAUUAAUAAUAGUAAAUGGGAGACUGCUAGUUCAGCUUGUUGGGUUACCACGUCUUAUUUGACUAUUUUAAAAACCAUAAGGUAUUUAUAUUUAUUAGAAAAACACAAGGAAUGUUUAGACCAAGUGCCAAGUAUAAGUCCUGAAAAAUUACAUUGUCUGAAGACCUACCACUUAUUGACUUUAUGCCGAGCAUUCAUGGACUUCACCCACGCAGUCAACACUUUACCUCCAGGAUUUCUUUGGUCUUCCCAAUUGAAAUCUUGGACUGUAAGUUUGAUAGGAACUACUUCUUCAGUUUUAGGCUUGUAUUUGAUUUUAUAUAAGAAAUGGUUGAAGUGAUUUUAUAAAUACAUUGUUGUUGGUUAUUAAAAUAUUUUUCUAAAAUUA